UUCAACCACUGGCUCUAAUGUAUCCCUGUGUUUACUACAGAAUUAGUGCAUAGCGGACGACAGUCUCCUGAACUGUGAACUCCGAAUCACAAAAGAUCACCUGUUAGUUUUGCAUAAAAGAAGAAAAAUAUCUCACACUCAACAUGCCCAAGAGAAAGGGAACUGAUGGUGAAGUCAAGGAGGAGCCUCAGAGAAGGUCUGCUAGAUUAUCAGCGAAGCCAACACCUCCAAAACCCGAACCUAAACCCAAAAAGACUCCCAAGAAAGAGAAGGAGGUGAAUGAUAAAAAGGAGGACAAGAAAGCAAAGGCAAAGGCUGAUCAAUCCAAGGAGGAGAACCAAUCAGAAAAUGGGGAGACUAAGACCAAUGAGGUUGAAAAAACUCCAGAAGAGGCAGCAGAGGCUGAGAAGGAGGACCCGAAGACAGAGUAGCACCAUGCCUGAUCAUCUAUCCGUCCGUCUAUUUCUUCCCCUUUUAUCCCCCUUUCUCUUUUCUUCUCUUCCUAGUUUCCCUCUCCAGCUCUCUUAAUAACCUCCUCUCUGCCCAUCACCACCAGAGGAAUAUUUUUAUCAGCAAAUUUGUAAAUACUGGUUCAGGUUUUUAGCACAAAAAACAAAGCUGACUAAUGAGUCUUGUGUUCGGCCGCGGCUGUAUCGGGUGUCUACAACACGAGAGGUGUGAUAAAGGCGGCAUCCUUUGUUUUAUUGUUUUUAUUUUUUUGUUUUUCAAGCAGAUGGUCUGUAGCUUGGUUUUGGAGUGGGAGGUGGGUGUUGGGUGGUGCUAUGGUCUGCUCUCAGUAUGUAUGUCUGUUAGUGCUCGUGGUGUUGUUUUGGAGUCUGUGGCGUUUCUGUACGGGGUUUGUUUUCUUUUUUUUUCUUUUAAACAUAAUGGAUUGUCUUUAAGAAUGAGGAAUGAAUCAAACAAAUGCAUAAAAAAAAUGGAAAAAGUACUACAUUUCAGGAUCAGCAUUAGAUUGUGGCUCCUGGCUUUUUAAGAAUCUUAACAACUUUACAAUGUGUUGCAACAGUCAAAUGGGACUUUGUUUGGAAGCCAAAAAAAAAACCUUAUGUUGUAAAGAAACUUUUUGAAAUUAUAGGAUUUAAAGAAAAAAAUUAAGCGUUUUUUGGAGUUUUUUUAACACUGAAAAUUCAUCUGUGAAAAAGUGUCCCCUAUAAUGCUCUCAGUAUCACUCAAUAAAAAUCCAUCAUUGGAGUUUUCCUCAAAA